UUUAAUGAAGAUAUUUAAUCACUUACAGAUACUUACCUUCUGAAGAUGCAUUAAUUCACUGGUUCUCACGUGUUCAUAUGGGACGAGGUUUUGCUGACGUUAUUAUAGUUGAAGGACUAGAUCAGUUCGUAGAAAAUGAUAAUGAUCCAUCAUAUAUUAUUAGAUUAACCAAUCUACUAGAAGAUACGCGACAAUUUAUCCAUAGUUUUACAAAAGAAACUGAGCAUGGCCACAACUGUAAACUUAUAGUGUCUUCUAGUCUAAAGGGUUUACGUCCAUCCAAAGAAUCUGAUCUUACACAAUAUCCUCGCAAUACGCUUCCUGCACACGCUCUGAUUAGAACGUUUCUUUUACAAGAAGGAAAUGGAACUGAUUCAUUUGAUCUUUAUUCAAUUGAAGAUAAUUGGAAGUUGAGUUUAAAAAGACAGUUCAAUGAAGUUUUCUGGACAACAGACCAAUGAAUUCUCCAACGGACAAAUAAAAACCAACUCGAUAGUAAAAACUCACAUACUUUAUUUUUUUAAUCAGCAUUUUGUAUGUUUUUACUUCAUAUAUAUAUAUAUAUAUAUAUAUAUAUA